AAUAGCUAAAUUAUUGUUAGUUUUUUGUUUGACAUAAAAAUAAUUUUGGUAUUUACAAUUGUACAAUGUAGUGGUAAUGGAAUCCUUAGAAGACUCUAAUUGUCCCUCAGUGAGUGAUGGUUUAUCCUUAUAUGAACGAUAUAUGCGAAGUUUCAACGUGGUAGACAAAUUUGUGGAAGAAAACAAUCAUUUAGAGCAAGCCGAAGCUCGGUCAUCAAGCACUUACGAUUACGAAAAUUCCAACAGUGGGGGUAACAUUGACUUGUCAGCUGCUAUUCAAGCUGAUGUAGAUAAACAUUGUCUAGGACUAGAAGUGGAUUGCAAUUCCUUGCAACGCCUGAAUGAUAUUGAUAGUUUCGCAAACAAGCCGAAUUUCGGUUCUGUAGGUGAUCGUCCUAAAGCGGAAUCGUCCUGUACUUCUUUGUCGGGGUCAUUGGUCGAGACCUCAUCCGCGACAGCAGAACUUUGUCUUUUGAAUGAAAAAUCGGACCUCGUUGAGACCGACGGUCGCAUUUCUGAAGACUCCAAAUCUGAGAGUUUUAAACACUCCGUGUUUAUAACCUCCACGAUGGAAAAUAGUAACAAUGCAGUAGAUAGCGUGCCAAUGUUUCGUGAUAUAAGACAUACUGAAAGUAUUUUUAAAUUACCAAUAAGUGAGCUUUCAUUUAAUGGUACAAUUAAGCAUGUUCAAAAGUUGAAGCCCAUUGUGGAUCCCUUGACAGCCCUGAGCACUGUCAAUACUGGGUUGGUGGGUUUGUCAGAUAAUAAUGGGGCAGAUAAUACAGAAUGUCUAGCAAGCGUUAGUGCAAGUGAUCAAUCUGCAGAUAAAUGCAGUUACCAGCAAACCAGUGAUGUAAGUGAUGACAGGCAUGUAUGUUAUGCUGAGAAAAUUGAUAAAACAGCUGAAAGUAGUCGAGAUUCUCAGUAUGAAGAUGCCAAUUAUAAAAAAGAUUGUGAUGCUUUUGAAGAGGGAAGCAAUGCUAAAUGGAAUUUAGAACAAAGCUACUCAUCUAUAGAGACAUCCUUUGACAGUGGGGUUAGGUCACCUGAUAUAUUCACUGAUGACGAAGAAGAGCCUAGUCCAGCUCCUGAACCAUUCUGGAAUUUUAUCAAAGAUUUUGAAACUUAUGACAAAAAGAAAGUUAGAAAGAUUGAGGAGACACUUCAAGGAAUUUUACCACCUCCAUCAGUGACAACAUUAAAAACAGAUGUCACAGAAAUGCUUAAAAAGUAUUACUGCUUCCUUCCCGCCUUUAAUGAUGAUAAUAAAAUUAACACUUUGGAAGUUAAUUCAAUGACACCAACCAAGAAGGUUUCUUUCGUCCACAUUCCAACAACUUCUACUGAAUCUGAUGAAAUACAAGAAAAUUCUUCCAACAUAAAUUCAAGGAAAUGUAAUAAUAGUAACAUAGAGACUUCUGAAUUAAAUACAAGUGUUAAUGACAAAAGCAUUGAAUUGAAAAUGUGCAUGGAAAUUGAAGUAAAAGAGACACUAUGGCCAGAUGUUAUGAAGUGUAGAUAUUUUGAUGUAUAUUACAAUGUCUCAAGCUAUAGAGAAAAGUAUGAACUUUUACUUCAACGCUACAUGGAGAGGUUUGUUGGAGGUGAAACUGAUACCAGUGUCAAUAUUUAUUCCGGUGGAUUGCAGUCCCCUAGUAGUGCGAGCAAGCGGAAAGCACUAAGACUUAAAAUGGCCCAGUUGAAGUCACCAGGACGUAGGCUCUCGCACUUGGCUCGUCGCCGGCAGGCAUUCUGUAGUGCUGCCACAAUCAAUGAGAAAGCCCAGGCUUCCUCAGCUAAGAUGGUGCUCAUCGAUAAGAAUUUCUUCCCACACAGGAAGCUGAUAAAUUCCGCCGAAAGGAAAACACGACGUACGCCGAAUAAAAAGACACCGACUCGCAGGACACCAGGCAAAAAGACAUCAGCGGCGACCCCAAAGACCAAAAGUGGAGGGUCCAGUAAGAAGAAAGCCAUGAGAAGGCUAUUAAUGGAUACGGAAAGCUUAUCCCGUUCCCAGCCAACAAGAGAAACAUUGAAGAGGGCUCUGUUUGUUAGUCCUGAGAAUAGAAAAACUAUACCAAACACAGCUAGCUCUUCUGUACCGCACCAAACAAAUAGAUUCAGACGCGUACUAUUUAGCUCCCCGGACCGUGCUGAGACUAAAAGUAUGGAUGGUACCAUCAGCGAUCAUUUCCUUAAGCGUAAGUGUGAAGAUGAACUGGACAAUGGUAGGAGUAAGAUAGCUAAGAGCUUGUCGUUUGGUGGCGAUUCCUUCAGCGCAACACAACCCGUCCCGUUCGAUCGUAGAGUGUCCGAAAUAUUGACCACGAGGAAUUCAACUGAAUUGAACGAGAUACAUAAAAAGAAACUUUUAUGGGCGGUGUCGGAGGCGUUGCGAGCGCGAGGCUGGCGUAUGUCAUCGCCCGGCUUCCGCGAAAAGGCGGCGGCGCUGGCGAGGCUCACGAAGCGUCUCCUCACGCUGCCGCCGCAUGCAGCCAGGCUCGCUGCACCAGCACUCUCCACAUCCGAGACCAUGCUCAAAUUAGCGCGUCAAUAUGUGUACGCUAUAAUCCAGGGUCGGACUGUGGAAGAAUGUUUCCAAGACGAACAGAUAAAGUUAGCAAAUGAAUCAAAUAAAAUAUCCGGAUACAUUUCACCUAAAGCAUAUCAUCAGAUGAAGACGAGACAGGUGUCGGCCUCUGCCACGCUUACUUCGCAAAUCAAAGAGAAUACUUGCACGAGCUUGUCUAUGAGACAAGAACAGCCAAAGAGCUCCUCGAAGAAUAUUUUGCAAGACAAAUUAGUUAAUAUAGAUUCCAAUUCGAAUAGCAGCAUCGGUAUCAGCAUGCUUGAUAAAGUUGGCUUAUAUAAAUCUAAUUCGAUGCCAUCAUUCGAAGACGCCGCUAAGAUGAGAGCAAGAAGACAAAUUAGUUUUGACAGUGUUGAUUUUCCAAAGAGGUGAUGCGUCUAAUGUGAUAUAAAAUAUAUUUAAGAUGUUUUUUAAGUGUGUUUAUAAAAUUGAGUGUUGUCGACUAUUAAUGUGGUAGUAUGAAAACAUUGACUUAUGUUUAGUUAUAUUAAUUUAUUUGAAGCCAUUCAUUUUGGACACUUCAACAUUUUUUUUUCGCUCUAGUGUUUAUUGCCACAUUGACUUUGUGGCCAUAGCCAAAUAUAUGUACUAUUCCUUCGCA